AUGCAACUGCUGUCGUUUCGCAAAACACAAAAAAUAAUUAUGCCAGACAAGCUGUAUCAAUAUUCCACGGCGUCGGCCCUCAUGGCAGGCGUCGCGUCGCGCGGCAUCCGGCUCUCAGAGCUGCUAUCGCACGGCACCCAUGGUCUGGGGACUAUGGCCUCGAUCAAUGGUGAAGUUGUGAUCAUCGACUCGAUCACGUACCAUCUACAACCAACAGGCACAGUGCGAGUGGUGGACGCGCACGAAGAACUUCCUUUUGCCAUGAUCACCGCGUUCAAUGACUGCGUCACGAAGAAGCAGGCCACCUUUCCGAACCUGCCCGACAAAGAAUCAUUACUGCAGCACCUCCAGAGUCUGCAUCACGGCACGCCGAACCGAUUCGUCUGCUUUGUGAUACCCCGCGUGCGUCUAGACCAUCUCAAGGCGCGCGUUGUCCGCGGUCAACAGUAUCCGCGCCAGCCAUUGUCCGAGCUCGGCGACGCGCAAAAGGUGAACACUUAUCAGGACGUCGCGGGGAGCAUCGUCGGGUUCUGGUCGCCCAAGUACAUGGACGGCGUGUCUGUUAGCGGGCUGCACAUGCACUUUCUGUCAGAGGACAAGCAGUUUGGAGGCCAUAUCCUGGAGUUGAAGUCGACGCGCGAGAUCGGCGUGCAGGCGGCGGUGCUGAACGAGUUUGAUCUGGAGUUGGCGGACAACGAGGAUUUUAGCGAGGCCACGCUGGGGACUGGCGGCGAAGCAUUGCGCAAGUCUCGCGGCCGGCCUGUCUUCGUCGCUGGUGCCAUGUCUUCGUCUCUUCCUGGCAGCAGAGAGCUCCCCCGCUCGCAGUAUGACUUGACGACGUAUUUGGGCCGCGUACGCGAGGCCGCCGGCAUUUCUGAUCCCCGAAUGCUGUUUGUCUCGUCGUCCGGCCUUGAGAAUGCCAAAAAAGCCAUCACUGCUUACAAAAACGGCCAUGUGAAUGAGAUGUCUCCGGAACUAUGGCGGGCAAAGCAAAUCGUGGACUCGACGCUGCAUCCUGACACCGGCCAGCCAGUUUUCCUCCCGUUCCGAAUGUCCAGCUUUGUCUUCUCGAAUCUCAUCGUCACGGCGGGCAUGCUUACACCGGGAUUAAAGACAACGGGAACAUUGCUCUGGCAAAUCACCAAUCAAUCGCUCAAUGUCGCCAUCAACGCGUCCAACGCAAACAAGUCCACGCCUCUGACAACGUCGAUGAUGGUGAAAUCGUACCUCAUGGCCGUGUCGGCCUCCUGCUCUGUCGCCCUCGGACUCAAUGCGAUUGUGCCUCGUAUCAAGAACAUCUCGCCCAACACCAAACUCAUCCUCGGCCGUCUCGUCCCUUUUGCUGCCGUGUCCAGCGCGACAGCCUUGAAUGUGUUCUUGAUGCGCGGCGAGGAAAUCCGCAGCGGCAUCGACGUUUAUCCAGUGCUGUCCGAGGAGGAAAAGAAGAAGCGCGAAAUCACCGGCGAGCCCAUUGAAAGCCUGGGAAAGAGCAAAGCAGCCGCCAAGAUCGCCGUCGGCGAGACGGCUAUCAGCCGUGUACUCAACGCCACGCCGAUCAUGGUGCUGCCACCGCUGAUCCUCGUACGACUGGAGAAGAUGGACUGGCUCAAGGCGCGACCGCGGCUCGUCACGCCUGUCAACCUGGGCUUGAUCCUGACCACGUCGGUCUUUGCGCUACCGUUGGCACUCGGCGCGUUUCCGUCGCGACAGGCGAUCAGUGCCAGCAGUCUAGAGGAGGAGUUUUGGGACAAGGGGGGUGAGGGAGGGAAACUGGAGUUUAACCGGGGCAUGUGA